UACAAAAUGUGUGAGAAAAUAAAAUCUUUUUCAAUCAACCGUGAACCGAAGCCCAAACCUACAGCACUAAACCCAAAACCCUGCUCCGCCGAAAUGGGCGGCGAUUCUAGCAGCAGUGGGGAGGAAGACGGCGACGCUGAGUGGAGAGCCGCCAUAAACUCCGUCACAUCCACCGCUCCAUCAAACAGCUCCACGGUGGCCAACGGAACGACCACAACCUCCGGCGGUUCUCCCAGUCGAGCAGACACCAAGAACAUUAAACUCUACCAAAUCAAGGCACAGAAGUUAUUGGAUGACAUAUUAGAGAAAAGCAUAAAAGUGGUGAGAAAAGAACCCACAGAAGUUGCAGAAAACCAUUCCAUCAGUAAUGAAGGUGGCAUUAGACUGUUUAGAGACGCCCCACGUGGCAUACUGUUCGAUCGAGUUGAUGAACUUCAAGGACCACUAAAGCGACCAAGAAUAGCUCCUAACAUGGAGGUUGAUGAGAAAUCAAAAAAGUUUAGGCGGCAACUGAAAUCGGUUGUAGUUGAUGGGGACGAUAUAAUAUGUUCAGCAAAAAAAGCACGUGAAAGGUUUUUGGCUAAGUUGGAAGCAAGAGAUGCAGCUGCAAAAGCAAAAGCCAAAAGAGAAGAAGAGAGAGUUGCGGAGUUGAAAAGGAUUCGCGGGGAAAGAUGGUUGCCUGCUAUCGCUAGACAAAUGCGGUCAAAGUAAAACCUUUGCUUUCUAGAUGUAUCGUUUUUGUAUCUUUCAUGUUAUAUUUCUUACUUUGAUCGUAUUUAUUUUUCGUAUAACAGAUUUUAGGUAUUUGAUUAUGUGUCAUAUACAAAAAGUUGAAUUUUUUCUA